UUGGGGUAGGUGGAGUGACAUCCUGGCUCAUGGUCGCUUCAAGCGCCCCCUGAAGGAGGCUGAUGUCGAGACCAUCUGCAGAGCCCUGCUGGCCUACUGCCUACUGCAUUACCGUGGGGACGAGAACAUCAAAAGUUUCAUCUGGGACCUGAUCACCCCCAGUGAAGAUGGCACCACCAAGACACUGACCAAACCACUCUGGUCUCUCUACCCCAGUCCCUCGGGUAGGAAGGGCAAGAAGGGGAAGUCCCCGGCCCCGCCCCCACAAACUCCACGAGCUGAUUGGCUGGCCAGCUGCAAUCCUGACCACUUACUGCAGGAGGAAAGCUACAAGAGACACCUGAAACAUCACUGUAACAAGGUGCUGCUGAGGGUGAGGAUGCUCUAUUAUCUGAGACAGGAAGUCAUAGGUGACCAGGCUGAGCGCAUCCUGGAAGGAGCCGACUCCAGUGAGCUGGAUAUCUGGAUUCCUCAGCCGUUCCAUGCUGAGGUCCCAGCUGACUGGUGGGACAGCGAGGCCGACAAGUCCCUGCUCAUUGGCGUCUUCAAACACGGCUAUGAGAAGUACAACUCGAUGCGUGCCGACCCCGCCCUGUGUUUCUUGGAGAGGGUGGGUAUGCCGGACGCCAAGGCUAUCGCCGCUGAGCAGAGGGGCUCCGACAUGAUGGCAGAUGGUGUCGAGGGUGAGGAUGAGGAUCCAGAGUACAAGCCACUGCGAAUGCCUUUUAAAGAUGACAUGGACGACUUCACCAACUCUCCGCUGGAUGACAAAGAGGACACUGUGGAGGGCGAGAAUGAAGCAGCUAAAUCAGGUGAGAACGGUCAGAGUGCAGCUACUGUGGGUGGAGCUUCAGGCUCCACUGAGCGACUUUACUGGCCAGCAGCAUCCGCUCUGACAGCUCGCCUACGUCGCCUCAUCACGGCCUAUCAGCGCUCCAACCGCAGAGAACAACUCCGCCAGGAGGCCCUCAACCGGCCUGACGGUCGCCGUCGACGACGCAGGGAGUUCCUGCCUUCCAUGUCUGUGGUUACUGAAACAGGAGGAGGAGCGACUUACAUCCAAGAUGGAACAGCAGUGUUCAUGACAGAAGGAAGCCCAUAUCUGGCAAAACGAAAUGCUUACUUUGCCAAAGGUGGACAGUUAAUGCCAGAGGCUUCACCAGUGAUGACCACCAGCUCCCUGAUGGCUGAUGGAGCCAUGUACUACAAGGAGAGGAGACAAAGAUGGACCCGUCGUGAAGAGGCUGAUUUCUACCGUGUUGUGUCCACCUUCGGCGUCGUCUUUGACACCCAGUGUCAGAAGUUUGAUUGGACACAGUUCAGAGCCUUUGCCCGACUGGACAAGAAAACCGACGAGAGCCUGGAGAAAUAUUACUACUCGUUUAUUGCCAUGUGUAAACGGGUCUGCAGAAUGCAGGUCAAGACUGAAACAGAACUCCCAGACCCAACCCUGAUCAUUGACCCGAUCACAGAGGAGCGUGCCUCUCGCACCCUGUACCGCAUCGAGCUGCUCCGCCGCAUCCGAGAGCAGGUCCUCCCUCAUCCCUUGCUCUCAGAGCGCCUCAAGCUCUGUCAGCCCUCUCCAGACCUCCCGGAGUGGUGGGAGUGUGGCCGCCAUGACCGAGACCUCCUUCUGGGGGCCUCUAAGCACGGCGUGAGCCGAACAGAUUAUCACAUCUUAAAUGACCCUACCUUGGACUUUCUUGAGGCCCAGCAGCGCUCUACCAGCCAGCGAGGAGCCGGCAUUGGCACAGGAUCCCAGGGAGAGGUCACCAAAGCUGGAGUAGGAGCAGCAGAAAUCACCCCUGCACCUCUCCUCACCCCCGCCGAGCUGGCGAGCGCCGCAGCUGCUGCCAAAACUGCUGUUAAUGCCGCUAAAGACGAGAAGACGGAAGAAGGGAAAAUGGAGGUGGAGGUGAAAAAGGAAACGGAGGGAGGAGAUGCCAAUAACAUUCCAUGUACCAAGACUGAAACUCCUGAUGAAGAGAAGAAAAAUGAGGGAGAGGUUGGAAAAGGGGAAGAUGAGACUGCUGCUUCACCAAGAAAGGAGGUCAAGAAAGAGGAAGAGGAGGCUCAGCCAAAAGUAGAAAAAGAGGAGGGGGAGGAGCUGAAACAGGAGCAGAGUGGAGAUGAAGAGAAGACUUCCAAGCCUGCAGAUGAAGAAGAGAAGGAGUUGACAGAGGAGAAGAGUCUUGUUGACUCCCCAAGGGACCAGAAGGAGAUGACCACUGAGCUCUCAGAGCAUCCUGACUCCUCUCCUAAAGCACAACCAGGCCACAAGACUGUGGGGGAGGAAGACGGAGAGGAGAGGGAGCGGGAGAGCCCCGAGUCUCCUAAAUCUCCAAAGUCAGCUGACACAGAGAAGAGCCCAGAGGAGGAAGAGGAGGAGAGGAUGGAUGAAGACGACAAAUCAGAGAAAUCCUCUCAGGCUGAAGCGAGCGCUGCAUCAGAGCAGAAGAACUUUGACGAGGAGAGUAUCGCGUCUCUGAGCAUGUCGGCCCGCGACGAAACCAGAGAUGGGUUCUGCCCCGACGACCUGCCAGAAACAUCUGCACUGCAUGCCUUACAGGACCGCGCCUACGCCUUCUCAUUCUGGCCUAAGGAUCGAGUGAUGAUUAACAGGAUGGAUAACAUAUGCGAGGCUGUCCUGAAGGGCAAGUGGCCUGUCAACAGACGCCACAUCUUCGACUUCCCCAGCAACUUGUUGCCGGGGCACGGCUCGGCAGUAACCACGGCAGCCACAGCAACUGACAGCCCCCUGCAGAGGCGGAGCCUGGCCGAGCUGACGAUGGCGGGCAUCCAUACGCCUUACAGUGGGAGUGAAGAAAAAACACUAUCACCACAGGUUCAUGAGGGAGCUCUGAGCCUGACGGUGCCUCGACGGAGGAGGAGGAGGAGAAAGAUCGAGAUAGAGGCAGAGAGGGCGGCCAAGAGACGUAACCUGAUGGAGAUGGUGGCUCAGCUGAGAGAGAGCCACGCUGCCGCUGAGUCCCAGAGCCAGGCCAUAGACCUCACCAAGGGUAUGCACCAUCACCACAAGGCCUCACCCUCAUUGGCUGGAUUCCCCAGUGCCCUGGUGACAAGCUCCUCUCUCAAAGCCCAGAUGGAGUUGCUGCAGCAAGCCCCACCCUCUGGACACAGAGCCAAUGGCUCACUGGACGCUGACCUGCCCAUCAUGAGGAGGAGGCGAGGCCGCAGGAAAAAUGUAGAGGGCCUGGAGCUGCUGUUCAUGAGCAACAAGAGAGCAGGAGGGGAUGAUACAGAGGGGGCAAAGGUUUCAGCUGUGGAGGGGGUUCAGGAUGCUGCCCGGGCUGCCCACAGAUCCCUCACCAUCCCAGAGCAGAGCCCCAGUGCCAGAUCUCUUGCCUCUGGCAGUCUGGAGGAGGAAGAGGCAGCAGUGUCAAACAAAGAGCUGGGAGAAUGGCUGAGGCAGCACCCAACAUACACCAUGGACAUGGCUGGAUUCACACCAAAGAGCGAGGAGUUACUGCUGUCUCAGUUCUCCAAGCCCAAGCAGAAGCGCCAUCGCUGUCGAAAUCCCAACAAGAUCGACAUCAACACCCUGACUGGAGAUGAGAGAGUACCUGUGGUCAACAGACGCAAUGGGCGCAAGAUGGGCGGGGCCAUGGCUCCACCAAUGAAAGAGCUUCCCAGAUGGCUGUUGGAGAACCCAGAAUUUUCCAUCGCCCCUGACUGGACAGACAUCGUCAAACAGUCGGGUUUCCUCCCAGAGGCCAUGUUCGAUCGCCUUCUAACCGGCCCUGUGGUCAGGGAGGAGGGUGUUCGUCGUCGGGGGCGAAGACCCAAAUCUGAGAUUGCCAAGGCAGCAGCAGCCGCUCAGGCAGCAGCUGCAGCUCAAGCUGCCCAGGCUUCACUGGCCACUGCUGCAUCAUCUGCAGGAGGCAUCAACCCUCUGCUGUUGAACAGUCUGUUUGGAGGGAUGGACCUGUCUUCCCUCCAGAGCCUCCAGUCUCUCCAGCUGGCUGCUGGUCUGAUGGCCUUCCCUCCCCCCACCGACCCCAAGCAGGCCGCCGCCAGCGCCGCCGCCGCCUCCAUGCUGCCCCUCAUGCUGCCCGGCAUGGGAGGCCUGCCCAACAUGGCCGCCGCCCUCCCCAACAUGUUCAGCCUAGGCGGGCUGUUUGGCGGUAACCUGGCGGCGGCAACAGCCGCUGCAUCCAACUCCGCUGCCGCCGCCGCCGCCGCCGCAUCAGGGAACACAAACGGAACAACAGAGGGAGAGGGGGGAGAGAGUGACGACACGGUGAUGACAAAGAGGAAGAGAGGGGGAGGGGAGAAAGAGGGAGAAGAUGGUGAGGAGGAGGAGGAGGCUGAGGGAAAUGAAGAGGGAGUGAAGAAGGCAAAGAGGAAGAUGGAGAAAGAGAGCGAGGGAGGGGUUGAGAAAACAGAGAAGUCAGUUAAUGAUGUCACUGCAGCUCCUCAAAUCCCAGCUGCCGAUUCGUCGGCUGAGGCUUCCAUCAACGGUGAUGCCGCCGCACUGCUGGCUGCAGCCGGCAUGUCUGCCAACUCUCUGGCGUUCAACCCCUUCCUCCUCUCCACCAUGGCCCCCGGCCUCCUCUACCCCUCCAUGUUCCUACCUCCAGGCCUCGGAGGGCUCAGCCUCCCCGGCUUCCCCACCGCCUCCACCCUGGCCGAGCUGCAGAGCGCCAUGGCCGGAGCGCUGGGGGGCAGCGCCGUGUCCACGAACCCCCCGAGAGACGAGGAGGAGGAGAAGAAGAGGCUGAAAGCUGAGGAGGAGGAGGAGGAGGAAGAGGAGGAGGAGGAGGGGGAGGGAGGAGGAGAGAGUGACUUGGCUGAGGAGAAGGAGGGGGGGGAGGGGGAGGAGACGAGAGGCGAGGCUGGCGACUCAGUUGUAGCAGAUGGAGGGAUGGGAGGAGAGGAAGAGGAGGCAGCAGCAUCUCCACAGAAGGACAAGAGUGACUGAAAUAAACCACAAAACUGACUGACUGACUGGGACAUUUCCCCUCCUCUGACCUCUGACC